UGUGUUGGGGGGAUGGGGCCGUGCCGAGGAUGAGACACUCCAAAUAUUUACCACUUGGCUAACUAAAUAUCUUUAUUUCUGAACUGGGCUUCAUCUGUUGCUCUUGUUCACACGCAUACUUUUCGACCACGUAUGAGUUUCGGUGGAAUUUGGCCAAAAUAAGUGGAGUAUUCGUACGUCCACGACACACGCUUAAAAAGUCGACAAAAUGUAUUCCUCUGCUGGAGCCUCUGAGAUGCUUGAGGGACCCCGUUCCUCUGGGUCAGCGAGCUCUGAACCCCCAUCUUCCCCAGUGCCAGAAUAUGUGUUCAAGCCUCCAUCACGGCCAGACUUUGGCACCAUGGGCAGGACAAUCAAGCUCCAGGCCAACUUCUUUGAGAUGGAAAUCCCCAAACUGGAGGUCUACCAUUAUGACAUCGACAUCAAGCCUGAGAAAUGCCCCAGGAGGGUAAACCGAGAAAUUGUGGAGCACAUGGUCCAGCACUUUAAAACACAAAUCUUUGGUGAUCGAAAGCCGGUGUAUGAUGGGAGGAAGAAUCUCUACACUGCCAUGCCCCUACCUAUAGGCAGGGACAAAGUGGAGCUUGAGGUAACCAUUCCUGGUGAAGGCAAAGACCGCAGCUUCAAAGUCUCCAUCAAGUGGGUGUCCUGCGUCAGCCUGCAAGCUCUGCACGAAGCUCUGUCAGGACGGCUACCCAGCGUCCCCUUUGAGACCGUCCAAGCCCUGGAUGUGGUCAUGAGACACUUGCCCUCUAUGAGGUAUACCCCAGUGGGCCGCUCUUUCUUCACCCCCUCAGAGGGAUGUUCGAACCCCCUCGGUGGAGGUAGAGAGGUUUGGUUUGGUUUCCACCAGUCUGUCAGGCCUUCUCUCUGGAAGAUGAUGCUCAACAUUGAUGUUUCAGCCACAGCGUUCUACAAAGCCCAGCCUGUAAUCGAGUUUAUGUGUGAGGUUUUGGAUUUCAAAAGCAUCGAAGAACAACAGAAGCCCUUAACAGACUCUCAGCGAGUGAAAUUCACAAAAGAAAUCAAAGGCCUGAAGGUGGAGAUCACUCACUGUGGGCAGAUGAAGAGGAAGUACAGAGUUUGCAACGUGACCAGAAGACCAGCCAGCCACCAAACGUUCCCCCUGCAGCAGGAAAAUGGCCAAACUAUUGAAUGCACAGUAGCACAGUACUUCAAAGACAAAUACAAGCUCAUUCUGAGAUACCCCCACCUUCCAUGUCUACAAGUGGGACAGGAGCAGAAGCACACCUACCUACCUCUUGAGGUGUGUAACAUAGUGGCAGGACAGCGCUGCAUCAAAAAGCUGACUGACAAUCAGACCUCCACUAUGAUCCGUGCCACAGCUCGAUCAGCACCAGACCGUCAGGAUGAGAUCAGUAAACUGAUGCGGAGUGCCAACUUCAACACUGACCCUUACGUUCGUGAGUUUGGAGUGAUGGUGAGGGAUGAGAUGACAGAAGUAAACGGCCGAGUCCUACAAGCACCUUCUAUUCUUUACGGAGGCAGGAACAAAGCAAUAGCCACACCAAUCCAGGGGGUCUGGGACAUGAGGAACAAGCAGUUUCACACUGGCAUUGAGAUCAAAGUUUGGGCCAUCGCCUGCUUCGCACCACAGAGACAGUGCACUGAACUCCUGCUCAAAGCAUUCACUGAUCAGCUGAGGAAAAUCUCAAGGGAUGCAGGGAUGCCCAUCCAGGGUCAGCCUUGUUUCUGUAAAUAUGCCCAGGGAGCAGACAGCGUGGAGCCCAUGUUCAGACACCUCAAGUACACCUACCAGGGCCUCCAGCUGGUGGUCGUCAUCCUACCGGGGAAGACCCCUGUUUACGCUGAGGUGAAACGUGUCGGGGAUACAGUACUUGGCAUGGCCACACAGUGUGUGCAGGUGAAGAACGUUCAAAAGACAACACCUCAGACUCUCUCCAACCUCUGUCUGAAGAUCAACGUCAAGCUGGGCGGCGUCAAUAACAUCCUCCUCCCACAGGGCAGGCCGUUGGUGUUCCAGCAACCAGUGAUCUUCCUCGGUGCAGAUGUGACUCACCCUCCUGCAGGAGAUGGCAAAAAGCCUUCAAUCGCUGCUGUUGUCGGUAGCAUGGAUGCCCAUCCAAGCCGAUAUUGUGCCACAGUGCGAGUGCAGCAGCACCGUCAGGACAUUAUCCAGGACCUGGCCGCCAUGGUGAGGGAGCUGCUCAUCCAGUUCUACAAAUCCACCCGCUUCAAACCCACAAGAAUCAUCUACUACCGUGAUGGCAUCUCUGAGGGCCAAUUCAACCAGGUCCUUCAGCAUGAGCUGUUGGCGAUCCGCGAGGCUUGCAUCAAACUCGAGAAGGACUACCAGCCUGGUAUCACUUUUGUGGUGGUUCAGAAGAGACACCACACAAGGUUAUUCUGCAUGGAUAGAAACGAGCGAGUUGGCAAAAGCGGCAAUAUUCCCGCAGGCACCACAGUGGACACCAAAAUCACUCACCCAUCAGAGUUUGACUUCUACCUUUGCAGUCACGCUGGCAUUCAGGGUACCAGCCGACCGUCUCAUUACCACGUGCUCUGGGAUGACAACCACUUCUCCUCAGAUGAACUGCAGGUCCUCACCUACCAGCUAUGCCACACAUAUGUGCGCUGCACCCGGUCGGUCUCCAUCCCAGCACCAGCUUACUACGCCCAUUUGGUGGCUUUCCGGGCUCGCUAUCACUUGGUGGACAAAGAACAUGACAGUGCUGAGGGGAGCCAUACAUCAGGCCAGAGCAACGGGCGGGACCAACAGGCCUUGGCGAAGGCUGUCCAGAUCCACCAGGACACUCUACGCACCAUGUACUUUGCCUGAGAGCACGCAAUCCCAGGUUUGAGUGGGUGAGACCCCACUGAUGAAACACACUACCCCUUGCUGUCUUCUGUCAGCUGUAGAUAGCAUCACAGUGGUGAUCUCCUUACAUGAAGACCUGUCAGUCACCUGUGUCUCUACAAUUGUACAUCAGCCCUCCGCUCCCCCAAACAAAGCCAGCUGUUUGACUGUAACAUGCAAAAUAAUCCCCAUUUCUCGGGGUUCGAGCUGGAAGAGGUAUUAUUACUCACAUGUUGUGCAUUUAGUGUGUUUUUUAUUUGUCGUAGGGAAGUAUGUUUGAAGCAAAAGUAUGUACACUGACAGAGAAAUAAUUUCCAAACUAGGGGACAGUAUAAUACUACAUUUGGGGGUUUCUGAUUCAGAAGUUCCCCUCCUUCUCCUGUCUCUGUUGUUCGUUUGGGCCUCGGUGCUUGAAAGGAGAAGGAUCAAAUUCAUGAAAAGAAGAGGGGGUCCGUUCAAUGUUGAUAUGCCUAUUAAUUUACUCCUCUGACAAACGUUAUUUAUCAGCCAAUCAAAGCAAAGUGCACUGACCAGAAUGGGUACUUCAAUCAGGACUUAAGUACUUAACACGUCGAGGGUUGAGUGGGGUUUGUCACAUAGGGCACUAUGUGAGGAAAAGUGCCAUUUGAGACCACGUUUCUGUCGUCAUUUCUGUGUAAAAGCUAUAAACUAUGUGACCCAGAGUUUGCUGGGUUUUCAGUAUUUCUCCUUGAUUGACACUGAUGGCCAUUUUAUGCCAAAUCUGGUGAUUAUUCACAAAAGGAUCAGAUUUGUUCUUGUCAACCCUCGAUAGUUUCUUCUUGAGGCUUUUAGUGUUCAGCAUUUUAAUCCUUUCUGCCUCUCCUGUUCCUGUAAAGAGCUGCACCAUUCAAAAAAAAGUGUAUUGGGACUGGUUCCCAUCUAGGACACCUUUCUAAUGUACUCUGAGCCGUGUUGAUAAAAAGACACAUGAUGUAGAAAUCAACAUAGAGGGGGACUUGAUGAAAUCUGUUCUCCCCCUUUUGUUUUUAUAGUCUAAUUUAAUUUCAAUCAUUUUGUAAUGAAUAUGCAUGUAGCUGACUCAUGUUUUAGACAUUUAGGCAUUUUGUGAUAUUUGUUUUAUUUCCUCCUUUAUACACAUUAACCUUUCUUUUAUGUUUUAUUGUAAAUAGCAGCAGGAUAGUGUUUUCUGCAGUGUUUUUGUCAGAGUGGGGAUACUUGUUCGGUACAGUGGAGUCAAAGCUGCAACAUUUUAGCAUUUAACUGAUAAGAGUCCCUUAAAAAAACAACAAAAAAUAGUGUUUGCUCCAUGGAUCGGGAGCAGUCAUGGCACAAAAGCUUGGGUUUUAUGCAAAUGACUUUUGUGAGUCUUUAUACUAUAGAGUAAUGUUGGUAAUAAGGUAUAUUUUGAAUAAGCUUUCAGUGGAGGCUGCUGAAAAUAUAACAGAGAUUUUUUCAUAAACAACCGGCCCACAUGUAGUCUAAAUUAACACUGUUUAUUUGUAUACAGAUUUUAAAUGCAAAUACUCUCUUGCCUUCUAAGACUGUUCCAGUCUUAUUGAUUAAUAUUUUUAGACAUUUCCUAACAUCCCUCAUGAGUUUUACUACUAAGUUAAGCUGGCGAAUGUUCUCAUAGUCUUGAUUGGAGGCGAGUAGUCUACAUUUUCUAACUAUGCAUCAUUUUUAACCAAGAGAUUUAGCAGUGGGGGUUUCUCACAUGAAUUUGGGUCAUUUAUAGACGUAGAUAAUCAGGGCGUUUUUUUUGUUUUGUUAUUGUUUUUUAGCAUGUUGCAUUUAGUAGCGUUUCUUAGUGCUUUUUCAGCAUCUUCAUGCCUUUCUAAUGAAUGGUAUGAAGUAUUUAUGUGGUCAUUUGUAAUGGUGUAGAUUUUAUAGCCUGAAAAAUUGGGUGUAUCCUUUGUAACACGCAAUUCUUUCUUAGCCAAACAAGAUUACAAACUUUUACAUGACUCAAAAAAAAAAAAAAAAAAGACACGUAAGCACAAAAACAAAAAAGGACAUCUUGAUUCUAGGUGCUAGCACUGUAAACCACCUUAAAUCCUCACUGGACUGGUCAACAAGGCUUUUUACAUGUAAAAAAAAAAAGAUUCUUCAUCACGUCGAGGAUGUUUCUCUCCCUCCGACGACCUCUGUGUGUUACCCUUUUUACUCAUUAUUACCUGUAAAGCAACUAGAAAUCCGACUGACUGUGUUUGUGGGGCAUUCUGAAAAAACAAAUCAUGUACUUGAUAUUUACUGUUAUGAUGUCAAUAUUGUUCUUAUCGGUGCUGGUCUCACAACGUGUAAAUUUGGAUGCACUUUUUGAUAGCAGAACGUCGGUGCGACCUCUACAGACGUGAUGGCGGCAGGAGGCUCAGCCACACGGCGUGACACUGGUGUAAUUGUGUGGAAAUGGCCGUGUGUUCUACCUCUUGUUACCUGUUUAAGUGUUAUGGUAACAUCACACCGCUGGCCAUUUCUGCAUAAUUACCCCUGCUAUCUACGGAAUUGGCAUUUUUGGAGUCUUGCAUUGACAGUAGAGGUUUGAAACGCUUUGUGUGCAUGAUGCUAGACGCGCUUUCUCGGUUGAUGUAGUUGUGUAUUUCUUUCCCAUAGUUUUAUUCAAACUGAAAAGAGAGAAUGUGUUGGGUUUUUUUUCCUUUUGAGCGUUGAGCUGUAUGACCAAAUUCUUGACGUGUGUUUGUAUUCACACACAGCUUUCCCUCCGUUCUUUCCUUUUAUUCUAUGCACCAGUGAAAAGAAAUUUAUUUGAACACCUGAGCAGUUUAACAAUGAAUGCAAAGCCAACAUCAGGUAUGAUGAGUGCAUAUCAAUCCUUUAUUUGAUGAAAUUGUAAACGUACCCGUGUGGUGCUGACUGUUAAAGUCGCCUUUGAGUUGAAAACCAACAAAGACAAUUAAUAAAGCACACUGAAAUCCA